UCUUAAAUGAGAUACAAACACUGUAAAAUUUCUAAGAAAUUAAAAAUGACUGGUUCCUGGAAUUUAGUACUGAUCAUCAGCACCAUGUAUACAGGCCAGUCUGGUAGACUCUGGGUUACUGCACAAUCCCCAAAGCCAGGUGUUUAUCAGUCUGAUAAAAAGCUCAGUGUGGAUAUCGGCAACUCGGCCACUCUGCAAUGCUGUCUUUUCGAAAAAGUAGACGAAGAAAUAAUCUGGUUUAAGCAACAAAACAGAAAACAGCCUCAGAUUAUAGUCAGAUUCUUUAAAACUGCUGGAGAAACAUUUUACAGUGAAUUCCAAAAUCCUCGUUUCCGAAUAAAAAAACAUGGAAACUGCUUCAAUAUGACCAUUUCAAACACCACGAUGUCUGAUGAAGCCACGUACUACUGUGCACUCGUGUUUGCAGACGGGACUUAUUUAAAAAUUAAAGGUGAUCAUGUUACUACUGCAUCAGAAACAUCUAAACCAGCUCUGUGUGAUAAUUCAGUGGUGUGUGAACCAACACUGCAUGGAAACAACAGUAACAUGAACACACACAAGAAAACAGUGCUCGGUUUGGGAAUGGCUUUGGGUUUGUGCGCACUUCUGAUUUUCUGUCUCAUUUAUUUCAUACUGAGGAGAAGAAAACUGAACGCUUCAAUAGAGGAUUCUCCAGGAAUGAGGGAAUCCGAUGCUGAAACACUGAACUACGCAGCUUUGCAAUUCGCCAACAGGAAAGCCAAAGCUGAUAAAAGAAAAACUGGUUUAUCGGAGGAUUGUGUGUACUCUGAUGUGAAAUACAACUGUAUGUUUGUAUCUAACAUUAAUAAUCAAUGAUUUUUUUUACUUCUACACACGUUUAAAGCACUUCAUGUUUUUUUUUAAGUGUGCAAUAUUUAACCUCAAUUAACAAUGAACAUCAUUGUGAUUAAAAAAAAAGAAGACUUUUUCACUU